ACUCGACGUGACCGCUUGCCUGUCUCUUCCCACAUACUUUAACGUCUCUCUCCCUUGAUAGUUAUCCUCAGACAGAUGCUCGAGCUGGCUUGCACUGCCCCUCUUCUGCCUCGUUCCCAUCCGUGUCCCCUGCCUCGACCUCUGCCAUCAUGACCGGCGCUCUUGCUACUCCGCGUUACAGCGCGGACGACUUCGAAACUGCCUCGAUCCGUUCUACCGCUCCUUCGUAUGUGUCGGAAGCGCCCUCCUACCACUCCGUCGCUCCGUAUCCCGAGGCCGUGCCGCCGUACUCGCCGCCUAGCAACAGGUCAGACGGAGCCGGACCGACGUCUAUGCUUCUCCACAGCCGGACAACCCAGCAGACUAUCGGUCUGCCUCCGGUUCCCUCCGCUCCCCUACGAAGCGUCCCGAACUUGAACAACUUCCGCAUCGCAACUUGGUCCAACGUGAACAGUCGGCAGUACCAACGGGUGGCACAGCGCCGCGCGAGCGCGAGCGUACAGAGAAGCCCCGUGGAUAACUUGCGACGGGUCAUGACGGAGCGCAUAGUCGAGGAGCCGGUGCAGGAGCGCAACAGCGAGCCGACCACCCGCCCGCUUGAAGACCCAUACCUGGUAGGGGAGGUCGCCGCUUCGAGGGCGCGCCAGGAGAGACUUGCCCGCGAGACGGGUGAAGAUAUUCUUGUGCGCGAAGACCGCCAGUGGGACUGGUGGCUAUUGAGAAUGAAGGAUUUGGACGAGCGCAAUCAAAGCAUGACUCGGACCCGCAAUGAUGCGGAGAUGAGCUCUCGCAAGAAGUUGCUUCGCCGCAUUGGAGGACGGCGCUUGAUGAUGUAGGUUGUUCUUGCCGCGCUGGGACGCUGCUGCUGUGUCGGGUUGAACAUUUCAAGGUUGCAUCUGAACGACAUUGCCGCAUUGCCUCGGCGUUGAUGUUCUAGAUUUGAUUUGGGUCUUGGGUUUUUUCCAUCAUGUCCGGGUGCUUGUUUCGUUGCUCAUGAUUCGUCUCCAUCUACAUAGUGAUGACCAAAGGGGUCGCCACACACUCUUCUAUUCGUCGUCAUUCGUUCCACUUACUAGGGUCUAGGGGGUUAAUGGGUGAUGGAAGUUGGAUGUAGUUAACU